UCAGUGGAGACCCUGCCCUCACUGUUUAUCGCCCCAUUGACGUGCUGGAAGCGAAUGGGAGCAGGAGGGCUUGUCUCUCGCCUCCAGAGGUCAUUCCGCCCACAGCUGCCACUUGUUGCCAAAAAACCCUCAGCGCCUGUGGACUCGCCGCGAAAACACACCUCUAUAACCUUUAUAUUCAUAUAGUUUUUUUCUAAAGCCGAGUUUAAUCGCGGUCGUCACAUGUCGGUGUUGAGACAGGAAUACAUCGCCAUCUGACUUUGUCUAAAAAAGGGACACUUUUUGAACAGAUUAAUUGCCUUUGACGGGAGAAGCAUGGUGGACAACGCGAGCAUAGCAACUAAAUCUGCACUGCAAGCCACGUUUUCGUCGGCCAGCAGUCUCCCCUUACUCGUCCCCUCCUCGGCCGCCUCGCACGGCCACUUCCCCGCCGCUACGCCUCAGCAGCAGCAGAGCCACGGCGGCGGCGGCGGUAUGAAGUUGGAGGCGGUCAUGGAGAACCUGCAGCGGCAGCAGGCUGCCCGUCUAGCCCUGGAGGAGAAGCUCCGGCAGGCCGAGAGAGACGGCGACUUCAGGGCGGCUGUGGAGACCCACAUGCAGCAGCAGGCUCUCGCUUUCCGCCGCUAUCACGCGUCCGUCCGCGGAGCGCUGGCCGGUGCAGGGGCGCCCAGCUCCGCAGAGAGGCACCGAGGAAGCAGCGGCGUAGGACAGAUAGACCUCCGGCGGCCCCCUCAGCGCUCCGACACGGACGAGGAGCAGGACGCGGAGGAGCUGGAGGAGCAGGAAAACGGCGGCCAGGACGACGACGACGACCUCGGAGAAGGUGACAGCGCUAACGAGGGCGAUUUAGAAGAGGAGAUGGACGGCGUCGAAAGCGUCCUGGCGCACUACCCGCCUCGCCACAGCCUCCAUUCCCCGAAAGGUGCUCUCCCGCUGGCCAGAGUGCAGCAGCCUCCGUACCUGACGGCGCCCAGGCAGCCCGGCUCACCGAGCGGCCUGGCGGCUCACACAAACCCGCAGCAGCACGAGUGGACUUACCAGGAGCAGUUCAAGCAGCUGUAUGAGCUGGAUGAUGAUGAAAAAAGAAAAGAAUUUCUCGACGAUCUCUUCAGCUUCAUGCAGAAAAGAGGGACUCCAGUGAAUCGGAUUCCUAUCAUGGCCAAGCAGGUGUUGGAUCUCUACACUCUCUACAAGCUUGUCACCGAAAAAGGCGGCUUAGUGGAAGUCAUCAAUAAGAAAAUAUGGCGCGAGAUUACCAAAGGCCUGAACCUCCCUACCUCCAUCACCAGUGCAGCUUUCACUCUCCGGACCCAGUAUAUGAAGUACCUAUAUCCCUAUGAAUGUGAAAAGCGGGGACUCAGUUCGCCCGGGGAGCUGCAGGCAGCUAUCGACAGCAACCGCCGCGAGGGCCGCCGACAGAGCUACGGCUCCGCCCUCUUCAACUAUUCCCCUGUAGGCACACCCACGCUGCUGCCCUCCCCCAAGCUCACCAUGCCCCACAUCAGCAUGCCCAGCCCCAACGGAGCACAAAUGGCCCACACCCCCGUCAUCAAGAAAGAAGACCCCAUGCUGCCUGGCUGUUUGACCAACCGAGUGGGCAUCCCCGUGUCUCUGACAGGACACCACAGCGCAGCGGCUCAGGCUGCAGCUGCCCAGGCUGCGGCUGCUGCGGCAGUUCAGGCGGCUGCGUUGGAGCAGCUGCGGGAGAAACUGGAGGCUGGAGAGCCACCAGAGAAGAAGGUGAUGCUGAUGGCCGAGGAGCAGCAAAGGAUCAUGCAGCACGCGCUGCAGCACAACCUCUUUGCCAUGGCAACCCAGCUGCCUAUGAACAUCAAGCUGAACAACAGAGAUGAUAGACAAGAGACCGCAUUGAACCUGUCUACCAACGGCAUUAGCAGCAUCAACAUGUCAAUAGAAAUAAAUGGAGUUGUCUACACAGGUGUGCUGUUUGCUCGCAAGCCAGCCAUUUCGGUCAUGCCGGGCAGCCAGCGAGUCCAGCACCACGCCGGCUCUCAGGGAAAGAGCAGCAGCCCCGGGCUCAGCAGCCACAUCCAGCCGUCCUCUUCCUCCUCCUCCACAUCCUCCUUGCACGGACCAGCUGCCUCACCUUGAGCCGCUCCCCCCAAAAGCCACCGAACCUGCUCCACUUCUCUCAAAGACCCAAGCAGGCUGCUGUACUAUCCGCUUCUCUUUUUCUUUUCUUCGUAUCCUCUGAUGGUGGCUCCCAGAUCUUUUUUUUUUUC